GCCUGGCGCGAGGAACCGUUAAGAUGGACAACAAAUAUAACCAAUGAGGUCCUCAGACUAGGGCGUUGGGAACCCAAUAACAGUGGUUGGGCGGGCGCCUUUCCGGAGCGCGGGGAGAUGUAAAGACAGACAAAUCGUUUUCCCAAUGAGACUGUAGAAGAGACGAGCUAAUUGACCAAUGAGGACUACGGGGCGGGAUCCUUUACCGCGGCGGAGUCCAAGAUGGCGGCGUGCGGUUCCGCUGUGUGAAACGAGCGCGGGGCGGCGGGUUAAUCAUCUCCUCGGAGACGACCUCCGACGACCCGCAACAAUGAAGGGAAAAGAGCGCUCUCCAGUCAAGCCCAAACGCUCCCGUGGAGGUGAGGACUCGACUUCCCGCGGGGAGCGGAGCAAGAAGUUAGGGGGCUCUGGUGGCAGCAAUGGGAGUAGCAGCGGAAAGACCGACAGCGGCGGCGGGUCGCGGCGCAGCCUUCAUCUGGACAAGUCCAGCAGCCGAGGUGGCAGCCGCGAGUAUGACACUGGUGGGGGCAGCUCCAGUAGCCGCUUGCAUAGUUACAGCUCCCCAAGCACCAAAAAUUCCUCGGGCGGGGGCGAGUCGCGCAGCAGCUCCCGGGGUGGAGGCGGGGAGUCACGUUCCUCUGGGGCCGCCUCCUCAGCUCCUGGCGGCGGGGACGGCGGGGAAUACAAGACACUGAAGAUAAGCGAGUUGGGGUCCCAGCUGAGUGACGAAGCGGUGGAGGACGGACUGUUUCACGAGUUCAAACGUUUCGGUGAUGUAAGUGUCAAAAUCAGUCAUCUCUCGGGUUCUGGCAGCGGGGAUGAGCGAGUAGCCUUUGUGAACUUCCGGCGGCCAGAGGACGCGCGGGCGGCCAAGCAUGCCCGAGGCCGCCUAGUGCUCUAUGACCGGCCCCUGAAGAUAGAAGCUGUGUAUGUGAGCCGGCGCCGCAGCCGCUCCCCAUUAGACAAAGAUACUUAUCCUCCGUCAGCCAGUGUGGUCGGGGCGUCUGUAGGUGGGCACCGGCACCCCCCUGGAGGAGGUGGAGGCCAGAGAUCGCUUUCCCCUGGUGGCGCAGCCUUGGGAUACAGAGACUACCGGUUGCAGCAGUUGGCUCUUGGCCGCCUGCCCCCUCCACCUCCGCCACCAUUGCCCCGUGAGCUGGAGAGAGAGCGAGACUACCCGUUCUAUGAGAGAGUGCGCCCAGCAUACAGUCUUGAGCCAAGGGUGGGAGCUGGGGCAGGUGCUGCUCCUUUCCGAGAAGUGGAUGAGAUCUCACCCGAGGAUGAUCAGCGAGCUAACCGGACGCUUUUCUUGGGCAACCUAGACAUCACUGUGACAGAGAGUGAUCUCAGAAGGGCUUUUGACCGCUUUGGAGUCAUCACCGAGGUAGACAUCAAGAGGCCUUCUCGGGGCCAGACCAGUACCUAUGGCUUUCUCAAAUUUGAGAACCUAGACAUGUCUCACCGGGCCAAACUAGCAAUGUCUGGCAAAAUUAUCAUUCGGAAUCCUAUCAAAAUUGGUUAUGGUAAAGCUACACCCACCACCCGCCUCUGGGUAGGUGGUCUGGGACCUUGGGUGCCUCUUGCUGCCCUGGCCCGAGAGUUUGACCGAUUUGGCACCAUUCGCACUAUAGACUACCGCAAAGGUGAUAGUUGGGCAUAUAUCCAAUAUGAAAGCCUCGAUGCGGCUCAUGCUGCCUGGACCCAUAUGCGUGGCUUUCCACUUGGUGGCCCAGAUCGUCGCCUUAGAGUAGACUUUGCAGAUACAGAACAUCGUUACCAGCAGCAAUAUCUGCAGCCUCUGCCCUUAACUCAUUAUGAGUUGGUGACAGAUGCUUUUGGACAUCGAGCACCUGACCCUUUGAGGGGUGCUCGGGAUAGGACACCACCCUUACUGUACAGAGAUCGUGACAGAGACCUUUAUCCUGACUCUGACUGGGUGCCACCCCCACCCCCAGUCCGUGAACGCAGCACUCGGACUGCAGCUACUGCUGUGCCUGCUUAUGAGCCACUGGAUAGCCUGGAUCGCAGGCGAGAUGGCUGGUCCUUGGACCGGGACAGAGGCGAGCGAGAUCUGCCCAGCAGCAGAGACCAGCCUAGGAAGCGAAGACCGCCUGAGGAAAGUGGGGGCCGGCACCUGGAUAGGUCCCCUGAGAGUGACCGUCCCCGAAAACGUCACUGUGCUCCUUCUCCCGACCGCAGCCCAGAAUUGACCAGUAGCCGGGAUCGCUACAACAGUGACAAUGAUCGAUCUUCCCGUCUUCUUAUCUUGGAAAGGCCCUCUCCAGUCAGAGACAGACGAGGUAGUUUGGAGAAGAGCCAGGGUGACAAGCGAGACCGUAAAAACUCUGCAUCAGCUGAACGGGAUAGGAAGCACCGGACAGCUGCUCCCACUGAGGGAAAAAGCCCUCUGAAAAAAGAAGACCGGUCUGAUGGGAGUGCACCCAGCACCAGCACUGUUUCCUCGAAGCUAAAGUCCCCUUCCCAGAAACAGGAUGGUGGGACAGCACCCACAGCUGCAGCCUCUCCCAAACUCUGUUUGGCCUGGCAGGGCAUGCUUCUUUUGAAGAACAGCAACUUUCCUUCCAACAUGCAUCUGUUGCAGGGUGACCUCCAAGUGGCUAGUAGUCUUCUUGUGGAGGGCUCAACUGGAGGCAAAGUAGCCCAGCUCAAGAUCACUCAGCGUCUUCGUUUGGACCAGCCCAAGUUGGAUGAAGUAACUCGACGCAUCAAAGUGGCAGGGCCCAAUGGUUAUGCCAUUCUUCUGGCUGUGCCUGGAAGUUCUGACAGCAGGUCCUCCUCUUCUUCAGCCACGUCAGACACUGCCACCUCUACUCAGAGGCCACUUAGGAACCUUGUGUCCUAUUUAAAGCAAAAGCAAGCCGCUGGGGUGAUAAGCCUCCCUGUGGGGGGCAACAAAGACAAGGAAAACACCGGGGUCCUACAUGCUUUCCCACCCUGUGAGUUCUCCCAGCAGUUCCUGGAUUCCCCUGCCAAGGCACUGGCCAAAUCUGAAGAAGAUUACCUGGUCAUGAUCAUUGUCCGUGCAAAACUGGUGAACUGCGGAUUGAAGAUAUGGAAUUCAAAGCUCUAAUGGACCUUUUUGAAGAGAAGUUGUGGCUUAUGUGGAGUUUACAUGGGCCUCUUGAUGGAAGAAAGCUAAUCUGUUUAGUAUUUGUGCAUUUUACUAAAAUGGCAGCUUAAAGUUGUGUAUCUGCUAUUGUGAUGCCAAUGCCGGUGUUUUAAGUGGAAAAAAAAUGACCUCUUGCUUUGUGCUGUGUACACAAGAUUUCUGGAAAAGUAAAGAAAAACCCUUUUUAUGGCUCACACAGCUUAAAAGUA